AUGUCAACUUCAAUCAAAAGCACUUAUCGUUACAGAUCCUCAUCUGCCGGACCAGGAAUUCAUAAAAGUACUUCCUUCUUCGAUAAUCUAUUACUGUUGCCUCCUAGAAUUCCAAAUAAACUUACAAAAAAGACACACAACAAUGGCAGCAAAUCUCAAAGAUCUUAUAAAUUUUUAUCGUCAUCUGUCAACGUGUCACCUGUACUACCACCCAUUAACGUUCUCAACACUACCACCAAUAAGUCGUUAACAGCACCAGCAUCACCACACCAUUUCAAAUAUAGUACCCAAAAUUAUGAAACAAUUAUCACGCCAAGCACAUCUCCAGAAUUUUCGAAAGCCCAAUUGGCCUUUUACAAAGAAACAGGCAGUUCGGACUCUGAACAAGCUUCGUUAAGUUUGUUAAAUUUAGGUAAUGUACGUGAUACAAAUCUCAAUUCUGUCAAUCUUCUGACACAGUUGAAUAAGAAAACAGAGGCUGCAAACAUAGAAUUGCCCUCUUUAAAACAUUUGAAACUGUUGCCGGAUCCCAAGAUACAAGAAAGUUCAUCUGUGUAUCCCGAUACUUCAGUAAAGACCAAACAUUGGAAAAAUAAUUUAGUGGACUAUUGUAGAAAUGAGAAUUAUGAACAAUUUAAGAAAAUUGACUACGAAAAUUUAUCUGGCACGUUAUUAUCACUUCAAAAAGAAUUUAUCAUUCCCUCAGUGUUAAAACCAAUGAAUCAAUUUGAAAAAUUCUUCGAUGAUAAUGGUACUGUAUCGUCAUUCCCAUACUUAUUUGAAAAUGAGAUUACUCCAGUGACUCCGCCAAUGUCUCCCAGGCGUAGUAGUGUAAAUAAGUCGCCACAGUGCAAAUCGACAACUACGCAAUUAUUCACACCUUUCGUCAGUGAGAAAUUGGUUAAUACGGUCAAAGAACAGAUAAUGAAUACUCCAAGCACCCCAGGUCAUAAGAAGACAAACAGUUUCAAAGCUUUACAAUUGAAAAAAUUGUUGAGUAAUAGAGAUGUGUUGUCAAAGACAUCGAAAAAAGUCACAAAGAAAAACACCUACUCUUGGAACAAAUUAUCAUCCACGUUGUCUUCACCAACAUUUAUUGGUACGAACAGACACGUAAUAAUGAAAAUUAGCAACACCAAUAUCGAUGUUCCUAAGUUAUCUUCUUCUCCUGCAUUAUCUCCUACAGCCUCGCCUAACGCAUCCCCCAGGACGACGACAGGAACCAGGAGAAGCAAGACGCCACCAAGGUAUCACAAGUUCCCCAUUAUCGAGUCUCCACCUCAGAGUCCAGUUCGUCACUACAAGAAAAAAACUUCCAAUGGCACAUCCACUACUACCAGUACGAGAGAAUGCGUUUCAUGUCAUACGUCAGAUUCCCCCUGCUGGAGGCCAUCUUGGUCACCAAGAAAGCAAGACCAAUUGUGCAAUUCUUGUGGUCUCAGGUACAAGAAAACAAGAACCAGAUGUUUGAACGACACUUGCAGAAAGAUUCCAACGAAGAGCGAAUUGAAUAUAAUGAAAUCCAACGGCCUCGAAGUAAUGGCCAUCGACGGCAUCACUCAAACCGGCUUCCGUUGUCUCUUCUGCAACCACAUCACUGAAACCAGACGCAACUAA